AUCGGAAGUAAUUCGUCUGCGCGCAAGGAAGAAAGUUGUUUACAAACAGAAGAGAAAGUUGGACAUGUAGCUAAUUCGAGACAAACAGUUACUAAAUAGCCUAGAAGAAUGCAUCUCUCAAGUUUUACACUCAUGGGUUUUUACUUUAAGUAGCUGAGUAAGAGGAGCACGUGUGUAUGGUUGCAGGUGUGAGAACACACCCGGGGUCAGAUGUCAGGGAGGAUGUCAGAGGAAGGGGGCAAGCUGACGCUGAGGCGUCUUGAAGGGCCAAUCAACAAGUUCACUAAAGUAGCCCUGCCGACAGACCUAGAAAGACUACAGAGACACCACAGCAAUAUACUGAAGUUCCAGCAUAGUGGACAAUGGGAUCGCCUUCAUCAGGAGCACAUCAAUGCCAGCCGCACUGUGCAGCAGUUGAGGGCUAAUGUUAGAGAGAUGGAGAAGCUGUGUGGACGUAUCUGCCCGGAGGACGGCCCCGCCCUGGAGAGGCUGGUUCAGCCAAUCAGAGACCGAGCAUCUGCUGCCACGCAAGACUUCCUACUCCUGCAUUCUAACCCCGCCCCUCUGCCACAGGCACCACGCCUCCCAGACCACUCAUCCUCAGGUGGUUCCCAUGGUGAUGAUGUGGGCAGGGAGCCCCCUCCUGUUAAUCAAACGCAGCUCCUCCUCCCAGUGAUCCCCCUCAACGAGAGUGCUGCUGAGUCCUGGGACACCCUGGAGGAGGACCUGAAGGAGCUUAGCGGUUUGGUGACAGAGUUCUCUCUGCUGGUCCAUUCCCAGCAGGAGAAGAUUGACAGCAUAGAGGAGAACGUCAACACAGCAGCAGCCAACGUGGAGGAGGGGACCAGGAGCCUCGGGAAGGCGGUGGGCUACAGGCUGGCAGUGUUACCCGUGGCGGGGGCAGUGUUAGGUGGGGUGCUGGGUGGGCCGCUGGGCCUACUGGUGGGGUUCAAGGCGGGGGUGGCAGCAGCGCUUGGAGGGGGGGCUCUGGGGUUUGCAGGGGGGAACCUGGUCCAGAAGAAACGCAGAGCUAGAGUAGAGUCCCAGAUGAACCAGCUCACUGCACCCCCUACGGAACCAGAACCACCGCUGGACAAGGACAAGUGACCUCUGAUUGGUAGUGAAAUUACCUCUGACCUCCAGAAGCUAACACUGGUCCAGGUACUGCCCGACUACAUUGCAGACGCAUGCUAGAGCUUACAUAUAUAGUGGGGCAAAAAAGUAUUUAGUCAGCCACCAAUUGUGCAAGUUCUCCCACUUAAAAAGAUGAGGCCUGUAAUUUUCAUCAUAGGUACACUUCAACUAUGGCAGACAAAAUGAGAAAAAAAAUUCCAGAAAAUCACAUUGUAGGAUUUUUAAUGAAUUUAUUUGCAAAUUAUGGUGGAAAAUAAGUAUUUGGUCACCUACAAACAAGCAAGAUUUCUGGCUCUCACAGACCUGUAACUUCUUCUUUAAGAGGGUCCUUUGUCCUUCACUCGUUACCUGUAUUAAUGGCACCUGUUUGAACUUGUUAUCAGUAUAAAAGACACCAGUCCACAACCUCAAACAGUCACACUCCAAACUCCACUAUGGCCAAGACCAAAGAUCUGUCAACGGACACCAGAAACAAAAUUGUGGACCUGCACCAGGCUGGGAAGACUGAAUCUGCAAUAGGUAAGCAGCUUGGUUUGAAGAAAUCAACUGUGGGAGCAAUUAUUAGGAAAUGGAAGACAUACAAGACCACUGAUAAUCUCCCUCGAUCUGGGGCUCCACGCAAGAUCUCACCCCGUGGGGUCAAAAUGAUCACAAGAACGGUGAGCAAAAAUCCCAGAACCACACGGGGGAACCUAGUGAAUGACCUGCAGAGAGCUGGGACCAAAGUAACAAAGCCUACCAUCAGCAAGGGCAUUGAAUAUGAAACGUGGCUGGGUCUUUCAGCAUGACAAUGAUCCCAAACACACCGCCCGGGCAACGAAGGAGUGGCUUUGUAAGAAGCAUUUCAAGGUCCUGGAGUGGCCUAACCAGUCUCCAGAUCUCAACCCCAUAGAAAAUCUUUGGAGGGAGUUGAAAGUCCGUUUUGCCCGGCAAUAGCCCCAAAACAUCACUGCUCUAGAGGAGAUCUGCAUGGAGGAAUGGGCCAAAAUACCAGCAAGACUUACAGAAAACGUUUGACCUCUGUCAUUGCCAACAAAGGGUAUAUUAUUAUUGACCAAAUACUUAUUUUCCACCAUAAUUUGCAAAUAAAUUCAUUAAAAAUCCUACAAUGUGAUUUCUGGAUUUAUUUCUCAUUUUGUCUGUCAUAGUUGAAGUGUACCUAUGAUGAAAAUGACAGGCCUCAUCUUUUUAAGUGGGAGAACUUGCACAAUUGGUGGCUGACUAAAUACUUUUUGCCCCACUGUAUAUCAGCUAACCACAUCAUAUGAUAUAGCAAUCUGAUGCCCGACUGCACAGUUGAAGUGGCGCACAACCAUUGGUUGAUGCAAUGCAACGCCUGCACAUCUAGUCGGGCAGGAACUCAACCAAGAAAUCCCUCAGACUAACUGGCUUUCCGCUCUAACAAUCUGUUUGACCAAUAGAUUUGCUCUCUUUACUGUGGUAAUAAGGAACUCCUCCUUCUCGCUGCCAAUAGACGGAGGAGAGAGGUAUGUCAAGAGAGGCCUACUGUGAAGAGAAGCCUGCCACUGGGAUCUACCACUUCCCAAUCAAUAAGACUUAAACAUCGUAGGAGAGCCUUGAGGACCUGAGUGUGAAAGGGAGGUGUGUGUGUGUGAAUGCGGUGUUAGUUGAGUGUGAUGUAUGUAUAUAUGCUGGGUCUGUUGGCUUUGUAUUUAAAACUUUAAAGUAACUGUCCAGUGUUUCCAGAUUUCUAUUAAAUAUGACCUACACAUUUUUACAAUAUAAAUGAAAUAGUUUUCCUUCCAAAAUCUUUUAAAUAUGUUAAAAAGCAGCUUUUCUGUGUUGGAAUGGAAUGGUGUGGGCGUAAAAAUAUUAAUGCGAGUAGACCGCUGAUUGGCCAGCUCAUCCUCCUCAGAGGAAACCGCAAGCUUUGAGAUACAAGUUUGCGUUUUUUUUUGUUCUACAAUUAAUAUUUUGCCCACAAAUACAAGUAUAGGACGAGUCAACAUUAUUUGGGUAUGAGAUUACAGAACGUUCACUGUACAGUUACUUUAAGUAUAUGAUUAUACAUUAUGAAAAGAUGUGCAUUAUUAGUAGAAAACACUACAGCCUAGUUUUGUAACAUAAGUCCUGCUGUUUGGUGCCUUUUAGUACAGACAGAGAGAUGGUUGUUUUAUCAAAGUCAUGUUAUUAUACUGUGUUUCUUGGACAGACCGUCUUAACUACCCUCAGUCUUUAUCAAAUACACACUGUGCCAAAGCCAGACACUGCCUGGGUCGAGCAGUCACCCAUCUCUCUAGUUUAUGAACUUAUUGAUGUUUAUCUGAGUGUGCUGCUCUGCUUAGAGUAUACAGCUCAUUAACAGAGGGAGGUAUAAACAGCAGUAAAUGUCAAGACUGUGUCCUGGUCUGAACCCUGCUGGAGAGGAGGUCUGCUCCCUAUGACAGACUGGGGAGCAGAGAAUAAGAAUGAGUGAUUGUGAUUAAGAAAGGUUAGGAGGAUAAACACAGCUGUCCUGGGUGUACCAGGUAGAAAGUUGUGAUGUGUGAUAGGCCAAAGUUUCCCCUAAAAGUGCCACGAGAGAAACAGGUGUCAUUUACUACAACAGUAGAUGACCUCAACUCAGACCGGGACAAACUAAAUAUGGAUGCUCUUAAUCUAUGUGAUGAUUUACUGGGGGUUUUAUAUUGCCAAAGAAAACCAAUCAAAUCUGCUUCGGAUGAAGGAAUUGUGUGUGUGUGUCAAGCGUCUUCUCUGUAGAACUGAACAAACAGACUCAACACACAACAUCCUGUAAAAUGGUUUCAUUUACUUGUUUUAUUUUCUCCCUCUCCGAGAAGACUGAUUUAGAAAUGAGAUUUCUCCCCCUUUAACCCUCCCUUCGUGACUGGUCAGAUCAGGGUACUGUUGGGUUCUAGGGAGGGACUGUACACACAGUACUAUAAAUAAACACACAGCAUGCAGCUCAA